CACCAGGUGUGGUGGUGGUGAUGUCUCAUGAUACCAGACCCAACAGCAAUAUUGAUCAGUGGUCGUGGCGGGAGGCAAGUGUUGGCUCAGGUCUUUAUGAUGUAUUUACUCAACAGGUGUAUCAUUACAUGGUGUAUAAAAUGUUAAUAAUACACUAGUCAAGCUUGACGUUGUUGUGUACCGGACGUGUGUAAACGUGUGUGGUAGAGCGCACGAGGCAGAAACAAAUGGGCAAAGUUUCUUUCACCCUGAAUGCCCCUGUUACCUAGCAGUAAAUAGGUACCUGGGAGUUAGUCAGCUGUCACGGGCUGCUUCCUGGGGGUGGAGGCCUGGUCGAGGACCGGGCCGCGGGGACACUGAAGCCCCGAAAUCAUCUCAAGAUAACCUCAAGCGGAGGCCAUGAUGCACACCUGGCGGCUCUUAAGUGCUUGCAACACUCAUCAACGUCAACUGUAAGUACAUGUGGCAAACAUGUUUUCCAAAGUGUUCCGAGUUGAUAAGAAGUGCGGCGGGCGAGGUGGUGGCGGGCGAGGCGGGGGUGCGCUAGAGCGCCGGUGGUCGGGGAGCGAGCACGGCCCGGCCUACUACCCUCUGGUGCACUCGUCCCUCAGCCAACACUCGCGGAGCCUCGCCCUCCACGACACCGGGGCCGCCGAGUCCCUGGAGCAGGAGCUGGACCUGCUGGAGCUGGUGUGCCGGAGUGACAGCCUCCACAAGAGGCUGGACGAGCUGCAGGCCAAGUAUGAGAGGAUGGACGACGGCCUCGACACACUCCACACUCACGCCGACGCCGCCGAGCGCUCCCUCACCGUCUUCUCCUCCACCAGGAACACCAAGUCCUUCGAAGGAGAGACCAAAAAACCCAACUUUUUUCGGAGGUUAUUUGGCAACAGACUGUCUAAGAGUGAGGACGAUUUGUUGGAUAAAAGGCCGUCGUGGUCGCCAUCAUCGUCGUCAGGGAUGCACGACGACGACACGGGUGAGAGCGGCCCGCUCCCAACCCUGCCCGUGAAGGAGCGACGCUCGGCCAGUGAAGACGUGUUAUCCUGGCGUUACCUCGUGCGUCUCGGCCGGGAGAAGCGCCAGAGCUGGAGUGCCCAGGGUGGCCUGUCCGACCCCAAGACCUCCCAACAGGACUCCAAGGCCUCCCAGCAGGACCCCAAAGCCUCCCAGCUGGACCCCAAAGCCUCACAGCAGGACCCCAAAGCCUCCCAGCAGGACCCCAAAGCCUCCCAGCAGGACCCCAAGGCCUCCCAGCAGUACCUGAUGCCCCCUCCCAACGUGCAGAGUAGCCAACAAAAGUUUGGACUUAAGCGGAAGAGAGUGAUCCGAGUGUACAACCUGAACUCCCUGGACCAAAGAGAGGCCACCAUGGGCUCCACAGAGUCGUGUAGUGACUCUACAGACUCUGAGAAGGAAUUCAAAUCCAGAUAUGGUGGCACAAGCUUGUGGAGUGGAGGCCAAGGUGUGGCAGCCUGCCUCCACCACGGCCUGGGGCUCCAUGCUGCAGGUGGAGACACGACAGUGUCGCCCGUCACUCGUCGACUCCCACAUGAGGUCACCACCAAGAUGGAGGGCAACAUGCAAACUGUCAAUACAAACAUUGUAGACCCACAAGAUGGCACUGAGAGGAAAGGAGGAGUUGACACAGAUGGUAAUGUUAGAGACAUGAGUGUAGGGGAAGGAAAAGGAACAGUGCCCAAGAGAGGGGAGAAAGGAAGGAGCACAUGCGAGUCUCUGCAUAGCUCACAUGACUCUCCACACACGCACGCUUCAUGCACCAGUAUGCGCACCUCGCCACAUGAUCCACGCACAGUUCAACCAAUCUUGAAGUAUGCAGAUAAGUGCUCGGAGAGCGAGUUGGCAAACGUAAAUAAAACGGGAACUGCCAGUUCCAACGAGGUUCUCCUCGUUACUACUCCAAGUGCUCAGAAACAUUACAGGACUCCUAGCUCCCAGGAAAACUCCAAGACAACUACCUCACAGGAACUUUCAUUUCCAAAGACACUAAGCAGUCAGGAACUGUCGAAAAGUUCCAGCUCUGGGGAACUUGGAGAGUGUAUGGCUAUCAGCUCACAAGAACUGCCCACCAGACUACCAACCACAGCCUCCAUACAGGAGCUCGACCACUUCCUGACAGCUAUCAUUAAGAAUUUGGAGUCUCAGCUCGAGUCUGGAGGAACCAUCGCCCUCAGACCUCGAGCAGCAACACUGGAUGGCACCAAGAGGAAGAGGAAGAAGCGAAAGGAAGAGGAGGAGCAAGAGGAGAUGGAGGUGACACAAGUUAAUCCCAGGCGUUGUAAGAGGAUGAGUGAGUGUGGUGCGUGUGGACGUGGUUGGGUAGAGCCACGCCUCCUCCCUUGCCUGCAUACCAUCUGCACGCCCUGCCUCCAUGCCCGUGCCACGCACAUCAUGCCCACCAGCCCCACACCAACCUCCAGCAUCACAUCAACCACCAACACAAUACCCGUGUGCCACCCCAACACCACCACCAACCUCCUCCCUACAUCCACACCUGCUCCUGACACCAGGAGUGCAUCCCAAGAGCACUCGCUCUCUACCACCACCACCACCACAACAGCACCCAUCAUCACACCUACCACUACAGCCACACACUACAUCAGCACCACACCCACUUCCACCUUGAGCUACAAUGGGAGCCAGUUGAACCGCCACUGGAAUGGAGAUGGCUCCAGCUGCACCAGGCUCUCUCUGAGUAGUGGCAGCAACAGCAGCACCCUCAGUGUCAGCACAGACCUCCGCCAGCACCACCACCACCACCACCACACAGCUGACCGUCACCAAGAACCACCCAGCAGCCUUCAUGAAAAUCAAGACACUGUACCUGAGGAAAGUCGAGACAAUCAAAGAGAAGGUCAGCAUCAAUGGACUGCUUCCACAGAUUUGGAUUCUGUUAUUGAACUUCUAACAAACCUCUCUCCAAAUUGUUCCAGUAAUAAUAAUCGUACUCCGAAAGUGACCCUUACAUGCUCCUCCGAGUUGACAAGUGAGGAUGAUACAGUCUCUCCAUCUACCACAAUAGACUCUAGAUGUUCCUCAAGGACAAGAUCAAGUUGUGAGAGCAUUCAGAAAAUCAAAGGAGUGUGGAUAGUUUGGUGUCCUGAAUGUGGAUACGAGGCCAAGGUUCCUACUGGAGGCGUCGAGUGCUUUCCACUCAACUAUGUUCUCCAGAAGCAGCUGGUUCUUGAAGCUCUGAACUCAUCCUCAACAACUGUCUACUGUGACCUCUGCCAUGAUGAUGUAGUGGCUGAAGAGCGCUGUGACAGCUGUCCAGUGAACCUGUGUCGACUCUGUAGUCAUGCGCACACACGACAGAGACGCACAACUCACCACACCGUUAUAUCAUUACAAGAAGCCAGAAGUUUAGGUAUAAGAGAGGUAGCUCACACUCUGGUCUGUGCCACUCAUGGAGAAGGAGAGGUUCGGUGGUGGUGCCGAGGAUGUCAUGAGCCGCUCUGUGCUGCUUGCCUCGCCACCCUUCACCGUGGACACCCAACUGUCACUGUGGACCAGGAGGCACCCCAAGCAUGCAGAAAGCUCACAGCAUUGCUUGACCAGGCUUCUUCCAGAAUGAAUGAGCUCUUGAGCACAGUUGAGGAUCUUUCUGGUGCUGCCACAAGAGUACAACAACGAGGUCGUAUAGUUAGUGAUCAAGUCAACGCCUUUAUAGAUGACUACAUAAUGGCUUUGGAGGAGCACCGGCACACACUUCUUAGACAAGUGCGCCAAGCAUGCGAACGUGCUCAGCGAGGCAUUGUGACCGAGUCUCAGAGAGCAGGUCAAACAGCAUCUUGGUUACGACAGGGCUGUGACCUUACACACGACCUCCUCCACCAUGCUGGUGAUGCCGAAGCCCUUGCUCUGGCCCCACUUGUCACGUGCAGAUUGCAGACUCUACUUAGUGAGCAAGUGAAAGGCUGUAUGCAAUGGGAGAGGUUGGCACUCCUUCGUGAGCACCGAGCUGGCAAGGUGAGAGGUCAUCGCAUCCAGGGAGUGAUUGCUGACGCUCCUGCUCACCCUCAAAACACUAGACUAAAGCCAUUAUGUGAUGUGACAAAUUUAAGUGCUGGGUCAAGAAGCUCGGCGUUGGUGGUAGCUCGAGACGUUGAUGGCCAGCCGAUAACUCAUGGCGGAGAAGAAAUAUCUGCAAGUGUACUAACAAAAGAUGGAGCAACUUUGUGUGGUUGCUCAGUUAGAGAUCGUGAGGACGGGUCGUACGAAGUCAUAUUUAUUGCUCCUGUGCCGGCAGCAGCAGUGUUGCAUGUUACCAUUCAAGGUGUUCAUGUUCAGGGAAGUCCUCUGGAACUAACAAUUACAUCAGCAGCUGCAGGCACGAGCAGCACUAGCGGUGGGGACAGUAUCAGGGAUGCCAGCCAAGCCAUGACUGGUCGACGGCACACUGGUGUCUUCCACUGCUGCACCUUCUGUUCCAGUGGUGGCGAUAAGACUGCCUCCUGUGCAUGUGGGGCCACCAUGCCAGGAGGAUACCAAGGAUGUGGCCACAACCAUACUGGACACCCUGGACAGAAACACUGGUCGUGUUGUGGCCAGACCAGCCCAUCGGGUCCUUGUACCAGACCUCCUUCGCAGUAUUAUCAGGUCACACUCUGAAGGUGCACCCAACAUAACUGCCUGACAGUAUUACUACCAAACCUGCUAUCUAGUCUUACCAACCUAACUCCAUAUUUCCUACAUAAUGGAAUGGAGCAGGUGCAGUCAUUCAAGAGGCUUUCAAGCACCUAUGCAUACUUUUAAGUGCCAGCGACUUAAACAAAUGGCAGCUCAAUGCAGACACCAUCAAGAUUCCACUACACACAUGCCACAGAGCUCCACAUAUAGCCUCCAAGAAAUCUAAAAUACCCCUGGGGAGAGGAGUUAAUAUAAGAGAUUCUAUGACUGGAUUACAAAGGGAAGCCCAUCAUUCACUGUAAUUACAUAAUGUAAAAAUUUUUGUUCCUGGGUAGUCUCCAAAAUAUAGGAAAUGGCUAUUGUUCCCGCUCGAAUUUUGCUUUUGCCUUUGCCUCAGAUAAUUUAGGGAAGAUGUCAUGAUGCAACCUGUCCUCAUACUAGGCUGUAUAAGGCAGUGACUGUCCUCCCUAGACGCAUUCAUCAAGUUUAACAUACUGUAAUGUGUAUUAAAAAUUGGUUUGUUAUCCUAUAUAAAUUAAUAUUAUUAAGACAUAAAAAUUCUAUGUAUAGCUAGGCAUAGGUUAGAUUAGGUGUUUAGGUUCUAAUAGUGAUUAUUUGUAUUUGAUGUAUGUGGUUAAAGCAUUUAAAGAAUUGUAGUUCAAACGGAGGAUGUGAGCAGAGCACUUGUUUCGGAAGUGUUUGGAUGUCAGCCAUUGUGAGUUGUUUGUAAACCGCAUUGCAUUCAUAAACGGGGUUUGGCAGCUGGUUUAACGAACUUGGAUCUUUGUAUGCGAGGACAAGCUGCGUGAUGGUAUACUUGAAGGCUGCCGACCCCUUAUCUAAAGCUGUGACACAAUAUUUCAUAAGUCAGCAGCCUUCAGAUGCCAACUUCAAGACAUCUUCCCAAAACUACCUGAGGCAAAGAUCAAAGUAAAUUUUAUUAGGGGGGAAGGGAUAAUAGUAGUCAUUUUCUAUACUUUGGAAGCAGAGACUAGAGAUGUUAAAUAUGGCAAAACUAAAAGACACAAGAGGUAAUGUGAUCACUACAUACAAAAUAGUAACAGGAUUUGACAAAAUUGACAAAGAGGACUUCUUCAAACCUGCAACUUCAAAAAGAGUCAUAGUCAUAGAUUCAAGCUAAGGAAACAAAGGGGGGCCCAAAAAUAUAUUAGAAAGUUCUCAUUUUGCAAACAAAUGGUUAGGGGCCACAACCGUCUGUAGUUUCAAAGCGUUAUAUGACAGCCUACUGAGCAAGUACUCUUGGGCAAGUUAAUGAGAGAAAGAACUGAAGAGGAUUGUAGGGUACUGCAAGAACUUAAACUGCAUGAGUGGGCAGAUUCAAGGUGAACUGCUGGAAUUCAAUCCAAAUACUGUAAGUGCAAAGUAAUGAAAGUAGAUAUGGGAGAUAGGAGACACAUAUUCAACUAUAUCAUAAGGGGGAAGACAAUUACAAGAAACAAAAAGAGAAUAUACUGUGCUGGUGAAAGAACACCUGAAGGUAAGAGAAUUAAUAAUUGAUAACCCACAAGAAGUGGACAUAAUGGCUCUUAAGAUUUGUAAUGAGGAUGAUAAUUAUGAAUGCCUACAGUCCACCAGCAAGCAACUCAUGGACAGAGGAGCUGGAUGACAAACGAGAGGGCCACAUAAUGAUAAUAAGAGAGAUUGCAGUAAGAGCAGAGAAAGAUAAAUCAUGAUUGUUGCUUCUUGGUGACUUCAAAAUGAAAUCAAUAGACUGGGACGCCUAUGAAGCAAGAAUGAAUGACAUUUGGAGUGGCAGAUUUGUGAACCUCAUCUUAAAGACAUUUAUGUACUAACGUGCUAAACAAGCCACAAGAAUGAAGGAAGGGGAUGUUCCAUUGAUGCUAGAUUUGAUAUUCACCAGGAAAGAAGAGAUAUUUGAUAUUCAAUACCUUUCUUCCUUGAGUAAAAAUGACCAUAUCCUUCUGGAAGCAAAAUAUGCAGUGCGUUAUAAUCUAGAAAAGAAUGAGGAAAAAGCAGUUGAAAUGCUUUAUUUCAGGAGAGAACAUUAUAGGGGAACUUAGCAAGUAUUUUAAAGAAUUUGAUUGGAAAGAUUCCAUUCACCUGGGCUGUAUGGGCCUCAAACCAUGGACCCCACGCGUGUGAGGCCGACGCACUAUCGACUGUGCUAUGAGUAGUCUUAAAAAGGAAAGUUUCUAGAAGUAACAUCCUGCUGCAUAAUGGAAGUUUUUACUUUCCCUGACUACUACUGAAGCACAGAAGAAUUACUAACCCACGUCAGAGGAAUUACUGACUCACGUCAUAUAAAUUGUCAUCCACACUCCGUGGAAAAUAAAAGUACCAUUCACCAUUUUGGUGAAUGGAAUGUUUCAAAAAAUUCAAAAAUUCAAGAUGAAAUGUUUCAAAAAAUUCCAGCUUGGCAGUAGGAUGCUGCUUCUGAAAACUUUCCUUUUAAAAAGGAAAGUUUUAAAGCAACUUCAUACAAUGCAGUGAAGAAGACCACAGGUGAGACACCAUCAAAGAAGCCACCUGAAUCUCAUACAAAUGAGGAAACGAUACACACACAUCGGAAAAACUGAUGGUAUGUCGAACCAGCAAGGUAUCUCAUCGGCCUGACCUGCCGAAACAGGCGGCGCCAUGGAAAAAUGCCUGGGUUUGGACAUCGAGCAUGUAGCACUUGAAACCAAGGCUUGGCCGGCCACCAUAGAACCAUGAGAAACACACUCUCCCGAUAGGAUUCCAGCUGAGCUAGAGCUCGGAGCAACAGCCGGACCAGGGGGAAAAGAAGUACAGGAAUCCCCACCUCGACCAAUCAUGCCGAAAAGUAUCGACCAGCAUCCACCGCGAGCCUCACAGGCAGAGAACACUGCCACGUACAAUGGGAGACGCCAAGACCAGACCGACACGAAAAGGUUCACCUUCGGGCAACAGUAUGUCCAGGAAAUACCAAAGGAGGGAAUCGGCAAUGACUGUCCACUCCGUCUACCCAAAGCAACCAGCCCUAAAAGGCCACGGAACGAAGAGACACCCCCCUCCCCCACUUGGUGGAAAAUUGGAACCAAUGGGGAGCAGUCCAAAUGGAGCCAGAACAUCAAGCCCCAAGAAAGCCAAAUCUGCCGCAGCACCUGCCACACCACCUCAACUCGCACACCGUGCUGUGAGCCCAACACGAGGAGAGUCGACAAUGCCCCAGGCCGGACUAGUGAGGACUGGUCACAAAGCCUUGACUGAGACACGAGGCAUCCGGACACACCAAGCGAGGGAAGAGAAAGACACCAUGGGACCAAACCCCCUAAAACCCCGAAGAGGAAGCUGGUGAUGCAGCAACCAGUACAAGGACACCGGGGAACGAAUCCAGCGAAUGUGAGAGCGGUGAAAGAGGCUGCUCUAAAGAUACCAGAACAGCCUCCAAAGCCAAACUCUGCCCAAUAGAAAACUAGCAGAACAAAGUUCAGGCACCCGCACAGCUGCACGAGCAACUGCAGAGUGACCUGUGUGCCCCUCAAAAACAGCUGAAGGCGGGACUGCAACCUGAGCAAAACCGCAGAAGAGAAACGAAUGCAGUCCGAGAACCCCCACAUUAGGACCAGCCAAGGCCAAACCCGGCACAGAAUCAACUGGGACUUCCGCCAAGUUACCAGGAACCUGAAUCUGGCAGGCUGGGAAAAACCCAGAACCCCGGCUAAGACAAGCAGACCAACAGGGAGACCACACCAACCAGUCGUCGAGGCAUGCUGCCAGCCAGGAAGACACUGGAACCUCGGAACGCACCCGAGCAGAAGAGGAGCUGAACUCAAUCGAAACCGGAGACACGUAAACCUGGUCUAGCAGGAGGUAUGUACCAAAGGCCUCCUGAACCAUCGCAGGGAUAUGCCGAGAGGAAAACUUCAGAAUAGAUGAAUCCAAGGAACCCAAGGGCACCCAGAAACGAACCUAAGGGGAAGGGAGCUUUGCCUUCCGCAUUUGCCUGUGGAUAAGACACACAUUAGUGGUUUUUAUUAUUAUUAAUAUUUUAUUUAAGUAUAAAAAGUGCCCAACAAUCAACACUGUCAUAAUACAGACGGGAGACAGAGUACCGUAAGCUAGGGAGCUGGAGGAGCAAACAGGGCAAGGGCGCUAGGCACAAAAUGGGUGCUAAUAAUGAAAUACGUUCCAGUACUGAAAACAAGCCAAAUUAUUACCGAAAACAGCGUUACGAAGAAGAAAAUAUUGAAAACAAGCCGAAUAACCAGUCUGUGAACACAAGAGUGAGGUAAUAAUAUACAGAAGACUAGAGGCCAGCAAUCUUGUCUUGUGUACAGUCUCGUACACAAGACAAGACUGCCCACCAGGAACACAAGACCGGGAGACAUGACCACCAGCCUCUCAACAAAGAGGCUCAACAACCUUUGCUCAAAUAGAACUAGGACCCAAGCAGGAUCAAAAAGGAGCCCCAAGGAACCCCCACCCUUCCCCGAGUCUUGGGAAUCCUCAACAAAUGCCUCGGGACAGAGAUCUCAUCCACGCCCACCUUCCCUGAAGAAAAGGUGGAGUCCAGGGAAAGGCUUCCAAGAAGGGAGUCUGCUGGGUCAACUCAGAAGCCCCGGUAGAAAAACAUGCUCAACUAUCUUAGCGCCCGAAUCAGAAAGUGCAGCCCCCGAAGCCACCCGAGCCUCAUCCCGAACUAAACUCUGCCCUGACUCUGAAACCCUCAGACGAUUGGGAGCUGGAAGCAGGGGAAAGGAGCAGGGCAAACCAUGCCCACCUGGUAAGGAAGCAUGGGUGCGGAAGGAACCAAGGUCGAAGCGACCAACGCCCCCAAAUCCUGGUCCCUAAAACCCAAGCGAGGCAGCUCCAACUGGGCAACCAACCUGGCUCUGCAUUAAGGAGAAUCGAGCAUGCAACACAGCCACUGCCUGAUCCCUGAGAUCAACAGACAAGGAAUGAGGAAAUUGAAGUACAAGCUGGGAACAAGUCCUGGGUCGUAGGUGUUCCCGACCCAACAGGCAACUUGACGGAGGCAGUAUGGAUGAUCGUCUCCCUGAGGCAAGGGAGACGGACAACCUUCAACUUUGCAUAAGGAGAGAGUGCGCUUGGAAGAAGUAUCCAUGGUACGACCAAGCCCACGGGGGGUUUGCCAGGGCUUAUAGGGUGAAUGAGUCCUACGGGAAGCCCAGGCAUUGGGGCCAGGUAAGCCAGAAGAACUCUGUCAGAUAGCAGGGGAACUGACCACUAGUACCUGUAGCAGAGGUGAGACCUCGGGGGCAAUAGAGGACCACCACCAACACCACCUAUGCUAGCUUAAUAAGAAGCUAGGCAGACCACCUCCAUCCACAAAAGGCAAAAAUGUCAGGAAAGAAAAAGAAAACCCCUGAAGACACACACUACAAACAAACUGGCAGUCAGAGCAAAACAUCGGCUGCUGCGUUGAAGUAAAGCAGUCUGUGCCAGCUGCAGUGGUCCCCACCCAGCCCAUAACACUCCCCUACCCGAGGCAAGACGGAAAGCCUAAGACCCCCGACGUACCCCCAAGGGCAAAGACAACUUCAAGCAACGAAGUCCUUAAAUGGGGAGUUAUUCCCGAACGCCCCAGGGAAGAUAACCCUGACACAAUUUUAGUACUCACGGAGCACCUAAGGAAGGUCACCCCUAGGCUCGUGCGGCUCCUGUGCACUAAGACACCUGGCCACCACACCAAACACAGGAACAGCCACACAGGGCAAAAAUCCAGAACAGGAACUUGAGGCCAGAAGUGACUGAUCUGACCAACAGCACACCAGUUCAAGAACUAAGGGACAUGGGGUUGCUAGCUCCCCCUUACCCUCUUCAGAGAUGGGGGGGGGGGGGUAGCACUAACUAGGAGUGCUAGUUGGAUGAAGUGUUGCUUGUUUUCUUUCUGUGAGUUCUUUUGCUCUUUUUGGACAUAGGUCACAAUUUUUACCAGAUUGUGGUCUGUUUUGUUUCGCCUAUCUUUCUGGGUGCCUUUCCCGGUCGAUGACAAUUAUGACAUACUGUACUUCAAAUGUAAAGUGCUCAUAGGCCAUUGUUCCCUGUGCAAUGGCCUGGCCCCAGAGUGGGGGGCCAGGUUCUGUCUCGUGGUCCCCGGUAGGCAAAGACUCCUGUGACUGAUGACCCCAAAAUAACAUACAGUACACAUGUCAGUUUGGAUAAUUUCAGGGAGCCAAAUGGGGCUCCCUACAAAGGCUUUUAACAGAGUCCCACAUAAGAGGUUGUUCUGGAAACGAGCAUAUUGGAGGGGUGACAGGAAGGUUUCUGAUAUGGAUGAAAAAUGUUCUGACAAAAAUGAGGGCAGUAAUCAGAGGCAAUGUAUCUGACUGGAGUGUUACUAGCUGUGAGUAUACUGCAGGGUUCAGUUCUUGCACCAGUAAUGUUCAUUAUAUAAAUGAUGUACUAGAAGGAAUACAGAAUUAUAUGAACAUGUUUACUGAUGAUGACAAGAUACUAAACAAGAUAAAUUUAUUCUGAUUAAAAAAAAAAAGAUAUCUAGGGUUAGUCAUCGAUAAAAAAAUAAAAAAACUGCCACCCAAGGACCACAAAGAACAUUGUGCGAGGAGCACAUGCUACGCUUUCCAGCUUUACAAUCACUUUUAAAUACAUGGAUGGCAAAAUAUUAAAUUAUUCAUGACCUUUGUGAGACUAAAGUUGGAAUAUGUUGCAGUUGAAUGGUGCCCAUAUUUUAAGACGUACAUCUCUGAACUAUAAAACGUGCACAGAUAUGCAACUAAAUGGGUUCUAGAACUUAAAUAUAAGAAUUACAAAGAAAGGUUAGAGGCAUUAAAUAUACCAAAGCUAGAAGAUAGAAGAAAAAAAGUGAUAUGAUAACUGCUUACAAAAUAGUAACAGGAAUUUAUAAAAAGUGACAAGAAUUUGUUAAACCUACAACUUGAUAGAAUCUGUCAUCUUGUUCUAAAUGAAAUAGCUGAAAAAACAAAGGUCACCUUUGCAGAGUGCUAGAUGGAACAAGUUAAACGGUGGUGGUGGUGAAAGCCAAAGCCAUCAGUGAUUACAAAGCAUUAUAUGACAGUGCUGGGGAGACGGGACACUAUGACCUGUAACUACACUUUGGUAAUUGCACUCACCCAAACUAUGUAUAUGCAUUUUAAUAGUGAUCUUGGCACUUACACGUCUUGCUUCCCGACCGUCCCUUGCGGUCACUUGUCUCUUGAUAGAAUUCUUGGUGAAUUGGAUACAUUUGAUGUCAUUUGCCUUGUGGGUUUCUGUUCUCAUAUUGGCUUUCUUAGUGAUAUUUAGCAACCUAUGGAUAUCCCACACAUUUGAUGGUGCUACAUAGCCUUCCCAGCUUGGUGCCUUCUUUUGAUAAUUACUUACUCUGUUACUGGAAAAUGAGAGAUCAUAAGCUUUGCUUGUCACCUCUAGGGUCUUGACUGUUUACCCAAGACUUGAUUCUUUUAGAGAACUGAAAGCCAAGAGAGGUUAAAACUCAUGAUCUAUAUGUCAAUUCAGAAAAAGGCAAUAUCCAUAAGUAUACUUGGCAAGGGCUAAUCAUUCUUGAUGUAACUAUCAACACAAUUUACAAUACAGCACUUCUAGAGCUUGGCAGGUGUGGAACAGAACGCUCAAACAUUUUCUAAAGCACUUUAACUAUACGAGUCUUGUGGAACUACUACCACCAGAAUUGAAGUACUGUACAUCUUGUUACACCACCAGCGGAAUAACAGCCUGAGAAACUGCAACCUAAUUUAUGUAAGUGGAUGAUGACCGUCAUCAAGAGUAAAACUGCUUCCGUUUAGAAAUCCAGUGCUCCAUGUUAACACACUCAUGGGCCAGUCUUUAGUCUAAUUGACUCUUAAAUACUUGAAAACAAUAUUCAAUAAGAAUGUUUUUUCUUAAUUAAAGGCUGCAAUUGAAUAAUGUAAGACAAAUAACAGUAUUUUUACAAAAUGGAAAAAAAAGAGCAUAAUGUACAAAUUUUAAAAUUAAAUAUUUUCAGAGUUGUGAAUAUUUAUCCCUUUUUAUUGUAUACCAAUUGAAAUAGACAUUUAUUUAUGUAGUAUGCCCCCCCCCUACAAAGGCAAAAUUAUCUCACUUGCAUGGUCCCAUGAGUGAGACUGGCUAGUCCAGGUUCUGGAGUCAUAUGCCUAAUUUAGCUAGACACUUUAAACUAGUUGGAAAUUUAAUAGUUGGCGAGGAUCACAUUAUACCCUGGUAAUUAGCCUUAAUUGAAACACUUCCUACAUAGAAUUAAUCUUGGCUGUUAUAAAUUACUGUAUUUGCUUUUCUGCACAAUUUACCAACAUUAUAUUAGUGCAUAACUGUGCAGCAUUGUAAAUGCAUAAUUUGCUAAAGUAUUUAUGGUAAUUGGUAAGCAAUUUUAAUGUAUAAUACUUGAAAUUUCAUAGAGAUUGAGGAAUUGAAAUUUAAAUCCAUUUAAAUUCCUAUUAUAUAAUAAAACUGUUCUGUA